CGUUGGUUCACCCUCCAAUGGCCGCCGUGGCUGGCACGCUGUGGCCGGCAUGCUGCGGCCGGAGCACCGCGCUGAUCCGAUGGCAGGAGCCAGGUACUUCUCCUGGUCUCCCAUGGGGUGCAGGGCCCAAGCACUUGGGCCAUCCUCCAUCCUCUCCCUGGCCACAGCAGAGAGCUGGCCUGGAAGAGGGGCAACCAGGACAGAAUCCGGCGCCCCGACUGGAACUAGAACCUGGUGUGCCGGCGCCGCAAGGCGGAGGAUUAGCCUAGUGAGCCGCAGCGCCGGCCACACUAAUGAAUUAUAUAACUGUGUCAUAAUACAUUUAGCAAUUUUCUAUUGUUGAACAUGAGUUAUUUCCAAUAAAAUUGCUUUGGUGUAUUUUCCAGUAUAGAUUUCAGUAAAAAUAAGGUAUGCUUAUGUUAGAAUGAUGUUUGAAAAUGCCAGAUGAUUAGAUAAGACAUUCAUGUAAUGUCACUGAUGAUUGGAGUAGUCUGGACUUUUUAAGAUAUCAAUAUUUGGAGAGCACCGAAAGGGAUUUGUUGGGGAUGCUUUGGAGAAAGGAAGAGAAGGGGAGGAACGGGGGGCUAUGGCAGCUAUGAUUGCGGUCUACAGUGGUCUGAUUAGGAAGACGACACGUGUGGUAACGGCUGCCGUCUGCCUCACAGAACCCGGAACUCAUGCCGUGCUGUGAAGAGGUUGUUCUCACUAUAAACAAUAAACCAGCAAUGAGGACCUGCCUGUUCCAAUGGCAAAUUCUUAUAAGGACCCUCUUAAGAAAUGUAUCUUGUGUGGGAAACGUGUAGAUUACAAGAAUGUACAGCUUUUGUCCCAGUUUGUUUCUCCAUUUACUGGAUGCAUUUAUGGAAGGCACAUAACAGGUCUUUGUGGGAGGAAGCAUAAAGAAAUCACAAAAGCAAUUAAGAGAGCUCAAUUAAUGGGGUUUAUGCCGGUUACAUACAAGGAUCCUGCCUAUCUUAAAGACCCUGAAGUAAGCCGGCGCCGCGGCUCACUGGGCUAAUCCUCCGCCUUGCGGCGCCGGCACACCGGGUUCUAGUCCCGGUCAGGGCACCAGAUUCUGUCCUGGUUGCCCCUCUUCCAGGCCAGCCCUCUGCUGUGGCCAGGGAGUGCAGUGGAGGAUGGCCCAGGUGCUUGGGCCCUGCACCCCAUGGGAGACCAGGAAAAGCACCUGGCUCCUGGCUCCUGCCAUCGGAUCAGCGCGC